AUUCAAAGAUUAAAACAUUCUUGAUCGAUACAAAACAUUGUUUUUCAGACAAAUAUUCAUAAAAUCUUUGCCUUAGAUCGAGGUUCUUUACACUAAUCGCUCCAAGAUGACUCAGUACGAUCACAACCAAUCUGCGGGAGCUAAUCCACCGCCACCGAUGUCUACCGGUCCAUCACCACCACCGCCGAUUGGUUACCCAACGAACCAACCGAGUCAUGGUUCGGUAGCUCAGAGUAAAGUGGAAACCAAGUCUAAGGGCGACGGAUUCUUUAAAGGCUGUCUUGCGGCCAUGUGUUGCUGUUGUGCCCUGGACAUCUGCUUCUAAGCUUUUGGGAAUGGUUUAUUUAUGACGAGUGUAUGUGUUUGUGAAUGUGAUGUGAAUUAUUUAUUCUCUCCAGCCUUAUUGUAUAAAUUCUCUAUUUUUUGUUUAUAAGUUUCUUGUAAUACUUUGGAUUCGAACAUAUUGUGGUUUGUAUUUGGACCUCUAGUAUUUAAAUUCAUUUGUCUUGCUCUUGGAUUUGUAUAAUUAAUAGCUUUGAUUUGU